UGACCUCGCGGGGCGGACAAAAUGGUGGCGCCCACGUCGUCGCGUGUUUAGCAGGCGCCGUUUUUGCCUCCGACGCUACCAUGUCGCGGCUGAUCGUCAAGAAUCUGCCGAACGGGAUAAGGGAAGAGCGCUUUCGCAAUCUCUUUGCCGCCUUUGGGACGCUGACCGAUUGCUGCUUGAAAUUCACCAAAGAUGGCAAGUUCCGCAAAUUUGGGUUUAUUGGCUUUCAGUCGGAGGAAGAUGCCAAAACUGCCCUCUCUCAUUUCGACAAAAGCUUCAUAGACACGGCCAGAGUUACGGUUGAAGUAUGUAAGUCUUUUGGGGAUCCAUCGAAACCUAAGGCUUGGAGCAAACAUUCAACUAAGCCCCAACGGUUAAAGGAAACUUCCAAAAAAUCUACAGAGAGUUCAAGCCAUGCAAAAGUGAAAGAUCAGACAAAGAAGAAAAAGGAAGCGAGGCAAUUGAAAGAGCUGGAAGGAGAAGCAGCAUUUCAAGAUUUCCUGGCAGCACAUCAGAAACGGUCCCAGGUGGCUACUUGGUCCAACGACACCAAAGGGCAGGAACCCCGCCGAGCUGAGCCGGCUGAGGAUUAUCUGAACUUUGAUUCUGAUGAGUCAGAGGACUUGAGCCAGGAGAAGGAGACAGAGAUUGCUUCGGAGAAAGGGAAAAGCUCUCUGGGCAAGGCAGCAGCCCAGCAAGAGCUCUCAGACAUGGAUUAUUUGCAGUCCAAAGUGGUGAAGGGGGACGAGUCCUCGCCUUCAUCGGCAGAGGAGAGCGAGGCUGACGAGAUGGACUGUGAGGUGUUGGAUGGAGGAGAGGAAGAAGAGGCGGGAGGGAAGACCAGCAGCAAGCUGACGGCCAGUUCCAAGACCAAGCUGACUAGAAAGGUCAAAGUCCAGAAUCCCACCGUAGAUACCAAGAGUAUAAAGACAACAUCACAGGAAAACGUAUCAGUCACAGCCAGCGAGCCCACCAGAGCAUUCACAGUGAAGAUGCGGGGUGCCCCGUUCAACGUCACGGAGCAAAACGUUAGAGAGUUUCUUGUGCCGCUUCGGCCCCUGGCAAUCCGGAUUGCGAGGAACGCCCACGGGAACAAAACAGGGUAUGUAUUUGUUGAUUUUAACACUGAGGAAGAAGCACAGAAAGCCCUAAAGAGGAAUCGAGAAUACAUGGGUGGCCGGUACAUUGAGCUGUUUCCAGAAGAGAGCCGUGCUAAGGCAAAACCCUCUGAGAAGGGGUCAGCCCAGGCUUGGCAGAGGACUAAAAAAGACGAUGAGGAAGAAGAGGAUCUUUCAGAAUCAGGAAGGCUUUUUGUGAGGAACCUUCCCUACAUGAGCACAGAGGAAGACUUGGAGGCCAUCUUCUCCAAAUAUGGGCCUCUCUCUGAGAUCCACUUCCCUGUUGACGGUCUGACCAAGAGGCCCAAAGGUUUCGCGUUUGUCACCUACAUGUUUCCUGAGCAUGCCGUGAAGGCAUUUGCAGAAGUCGACGGACAGGUUUUCCAGGGCCGAAUGCUGCACGUGUUGCCUUCUACCAUCAAGAAGGAAGACGCUGAAAACUCAGAUUCAGCGGGGUCUUCUUCGUACAAGAAGCAAAAAGCAUCCAGAGAUAAAGCAAACAGCCUGAGUUCUCACAACUGGAACACCCUGUUCAUGGGAACGAAUGCUGUGGCAGAUGCUGUUGCGCAGAAGUACAACGCUACUAAAAGUCAAGUGCUGGAUCAUGAAGGCAAGGGGAGCGUGGCCGUGAGGGUGGCUCUCGGGGAAACGGAGCUUGUUCAGAACGUGCGCCGGUUCCUGCUUGAAAACGGCGUCUGUCUGGAUUCCUUCAGCCAGGCUGCUGGGGAGCGGAGCAAGACGGUGAUUUUGGUGAAGAACCUGCCUGCUGGCACAAAGGCGGAGGAGCUGGAAGACCUUUUUGGGACCUUUGGUGGCCUCGGGCGGGUUCUGCUCCCAGAAGGAGGAGUGACAGCCAUUGUGGAAUUCCUGGAACCCACAGAAGCGAAAAAGGCAUUCACCAAGUUGGCCUACUCCAAGUUCCAGCAUGUCCCUCUCUACCUCGAAUGGGCACCCAUGGGGGUCUUUUCUGGUCCUGGGAGAAAAGUGUCAGAGGCUGAAGAGCAAAUGGAAGGCGAGGAGCAGACCCAGAGAGGGAUUUCUGGAAACAGUGAUGCUCAGAAGGAAAUGGAGGAGGACGAGGAGGACGAGGACGAGGAGGAGGAAGAAGAAGAAAGUCUUCCAGGAUGUACCAUUUUUAUAAAAAACCUCAACUUCAGCACUACAGAGGACACUCUAAAAGAGGUUUUCUCCAAAGCUGGAGUUGUGCGGAGUUGUGCAGUCUCAAAGAAGAAAGAUAAAGCUGGCAACCUUCUAUCCAUGGGGUUUGGAUUUGUGGAAUACAAGAAGCCGGAAUAUGCCCAGAGAGCUCUCAAGCAACUACAGGGUAGCUCCGUGGACGGCCACCAGCUGGAAGUGAAAAUCUCUGAAAGAGCCAUCAAGUCCACCGUGGCAUCAGCACGCAAGAUGCAAGUCAGCAGAAAGCAGGUGAAUUCCAAGAUUUUGGUGCGGAAUAUCCCCUUCCAGGCCACAGCGAAAGAGAUCAGAGAACUUUUCAGCACCUUUGGAGAGCUGAAGACGGUCCGCCUGCCAAAGAAGAUGUUUGGAACUGGGGCACAUCGUGGUUUUGGGUUUGUGGAUUUCCUGACGAAGCAGGAUGCCAAGAAAGCAUUCAAUGCCCUGUGCCAUAGUACCCAUCUGUACGGCAGGAGACUGGUGCUGGAAUGGGCCGAUUCGGAGGAAACAGUGGAGGCCCUGAGAAGAAAGACUGCAGAGCAUUUUCACGAUCCCCCCGUCAAGAAGCAGCGGGCAGCCAUUUUAGAAGAAAUCUUGGAGAAGCUAGAGGAUGAUGAAGACCAUGAGGGGGAUAGCUAGGAACCUCACUUCAAGACGUCAAGAACUGAGCUAUAGUCAAGGAGACAACAGGAAGACAGCAAAUAUCUUAAAUCCAAGUGGACCUCUUAACUCAAAACCCACAAAGAAGAUGCUUGGGACAAACAGCUAGAAAGAAACAAUAGUGAUGUGCAUCUCUCCUUGUUGCCAGCCAACCUGGGAAACCAGCUUUUGAUACCAUCUCAUAAAGCAAAACUUCAUAAACAUCUAGCGGGGAGCAGUUGGAGCAUUCCUCCCCUCCCACGGCUUUCUUAAUAAUGUGUACGGUUUGGGGAAAAAAAUGUUCAUAAUUGCUCUUUAAAGAAUCUUGUUAAUAGACCCAUCAGAGUAAUAAUAUAAUAAUUCCUUCCUCUUCCUUUGAUGUCUGGUUUCUCUGCAUUUUUCCUGUCUAACGUUCCCCACCCCUGCAAUUUUAUUAAAGUUUAUUCAGCUGCCUUAAGUGAGGAAGUGAAUAGUCAACUUCCCCCUUUGCUCUAACAAAACAGAAGGACUUGAAAAUAUUUGGCUGGGAGAAGGCAAGAAAAUUGACAUCAGGAGGAAGAGGCAGAGCGGGGCUGGUGAACUGGAGGCCUCGGCAUUUGGCACUGUUGAGGGGUUUGUAUCUAAGCUCAAAAUAUACAGCUUGGAGGAACCAAAAAGUCUGCUUUAGGAAAUGGUGGCAUC